AUGCCUUCCACCACCAACAACAGUGUCGCUGCCCGUCGGCUUGCCCAGGUUACCACCACCCUCGCUGGCCUGUCCACCGCAGCCGCACCGCCGCAAUAUGUCGCCCCGCCAGCUACGAAAGAAAACUUGCCCUAUGCGGACCUCGCCGUCAUCGACCUGUCGCAAGGCCACACACUCUCCGGCCGCAGAUCGCUCGCCACAGAGGUCGUUCGCGCAAUGCGCACUCAUGGGUUUUUCUACGUCGUCAAUCACGGUUACUCCGCGGAACAGACGACCCGCAUGUUCAGCAUAGCCAACGAGACCUUCGACGCCGUCUCCGAAGGCGAGAAGGCGAUCUACACGGGCCAAUCAGCAAGCGUGUACGAGGGAUACAAGCCCCGGCAGACGUGGAAAAUCGAAGACGGUGUGCAGGACCAAAUCGAGCAUUACAACAUCAAUCGUCAGGUGUACAAUCGCCCCCAUCCCGAGCCUCUUCGUCCCUAUCUCGCCGAAAUUGAGGCGUUCGCGCGUCAUAACCACUUCAACAUUUUACAUCCGAUCUUGCGAUUGCUGGCGAUGGGCAUGGGUCUGCCGGACGAGGCGCUGGUGGAGCAGCAUUCGUUCGACGAGGCGGGCGAAUCAUCAGUGCGAUUUAUGAAAUACUAUCCUCGAUCAGUAGACGAAGAACAGCGCACAAAGCAAGUGUGGCUCAAGGGACAUACAGACAUCGGCUCAGUCACCAUUCUGUGGUCGCAGCCUGUGGGCGGUCUGCAAAUCCUUUCUCCAGACGGACAAUGGCGAUGGGUGCGCCACAUGGAGAAUGCGCUGGUCAUCAACGCCGGAGAUGUCCUCACAUUCCUCUGCGGCGGCUUCUACCCCGCCACGCGCCAUCGUGUGAUCCAGCCCCCCGCCGAUCAGCGCGGGCGAGCACGCGUCGGGGUAUUUUACUUCGCCAUGGCCAACGACGCGCUCCCGCUGGUGCCCCACACGCACAGCCCCGUGCUCCAGCACGUGGGCGUCCAGCGGCAGUGCGCGGAUGCGGACGCGCCGACGAUGCAGGCGUGGCGCCAGGGCGUGACGGCGGCGUAUGGGCGGAGUACGCUCGUGCGGAGCAAGCAGGACGCGCGGGUCGAGGAGGAGGUCAUCGCUGGGGUGGUAGUAAAGCAUUACAAUUAG